AUGCAAAGCUACCAAACUAAGUUCCUCGACCUGGCCCUUGAAUCUAAGGCCUUGAAAUUUGGCUCCUUCACCUUGAAGUCCGGUCGCCAGUCGCCAUACUUUUUUAACUUGGGUUUGCUUAACACUGGGUCGUUGUUGUCCACUUUGGCCACCUCCUACGCUCAGGCUAUCAUUGCCUCUGGCAUUGAAUUCGACAUCUUGUUCGGUCCAGCCUACAAGGGAAUUCCGUUGACCGCGAUCACCGUUGCCAAGUUGGCUGAGAUUGGCGGCGAAAAGUACCAGAACGUCGGCUACUCGUUCAACAGAAAGGAGGCCAAGGACCACGGUGAGGGUGGAUCUAUCGUUGGGUGCGAGUUGGCCAACAAGAAGAUUUUGAUCAUCGAUGAUGUUAUGACCGCAGGUACCGCCAUCAACGAAGCCUUCGAGAUCAUUGGCAAGGACAAGGGUGAGGUUGUCGGGACCAUUAUUGCCUUGGACAGACAGGAGAAGACCAAGGAUUCCGAGUUCUCUGCCACUCAGGUUGUGGCCCAGAGAUACGGGAUUCCAGUCAUCUCUAUUGUUUCUUUGAACGACAUUAUCAGCUACUUGGGCGAUAAGUUAAGCGCCGAUGAAAAGGCUGCCAUCGUCCAGUACCGCAAGGACUACGCCCCAGCUCAAUUGUAA